AUGCACCUCUUCUCUCCUGCCCUUGCAGCCCUCGCUGCCUCAAGCUCUAUUCCGCUUGCAUUAUGCUCUCACCCCACACCUCUCCACGAAGCCGGUCGAUGCGCCAUUCGUGGCCACUGUGGGAAACAAGGCUUCUUCGGCUCCGAUCUACCAUGCCCUGACAACGAAAAGGCUGCAACUCCUUCAGAAGGCGUGCGCGAGAAGCUAGUCAAUCUAUGCGGAGCAAAAUGGCAAGAUACCGAUGUCUGUUGCGACGAGGACCAAGUGGAUGCCCUCCAAAAGAACCUGAAACUGGCCGAAAGGAUCAUCGCAUCCUGUCCGGCUUGCAAGGAGAAUUUCUUCAAUAUAUUCUGCACUUUCACCUGCUCGCCUGAUCAGUCAUUGUUCGUUAACGUGACCGGCCUCGGUAAAGCUUCAAACGGCAAGGAUGUGGUCACAGAGCUGGACAACAUAUGGUCAAAAGAUUACCAGAGUGGAUUUUAUGACAGCUGUAAAGAGGUCAAGAAUGGCGCAAGUGGUGGCAAAGCGAUGAGCUUCAUCGGAGGCGGUGCUACCAACUACACCGAAUUUCUCCAGUUCUUGGGUGACAAGAAGUUACUGGGCAGUCCGUUCCAGAUCAACUUUCUCGAGCAGCCUCGUUCAGAAGACAAUCAGGGUAUGGAGGCGGCCGACCCUCGCGUCUAUGCCUGCAACGAUACCAAUCCCACAUUUCGAUGCAGCUGCGUGGACUGUCCGGAGGUCUGCCCGACUUUGGAGCCGGUCAGCUCUGUUGAAUACUGCCACGUCGGAAAGCUUCCAUGCCUCUCAUUCGCCGUCAUCAUUAUCUACUCGAUUUGCCUCCUGCUGCUUGUCGUGGCUAUUUCUGGACAUGUGGCGUAUCAGAGACACAAAAAGUGGAAGAGCGAGAGGCUCCAACUGCUGCAAGAUUCGACACCGAGCGAUGACGAAGAUGAGGGUGAGUUGGUCAACAGUGCGGGAGUUCUUGACCGGCCGCAAAGAAACUAUUACCUCAAUCAGAUACUGGACCGGGCGUUUCAUGCACUGGGCGGAUUCUGCGCCCGUUAUCCAGCUUUGACCAUUGGAACGAACAUCGUCGUGAUUGGACUUCUCAGUCUUGGGUGGCUCAGAUUCCAGGUCGAGAGGGAUCCAGUCCGUUUGUGGGUCAGCCCGAGCUCGGAUGCUGCGCAGGAGAAGGCCUUCUUCGACAAGAACUUCGGCCCUUUUUACAGGACGGAGCAAGCCUUUCUCGUCAACGACUCGUCCCCUGACGGCUUGGUCUUGAGCUAUGACAAUCUCGACUGGUGGUUCGACAUUGAAGAACGCAUUUCUCGCAUGAUGUCACCCGAGAACGGUAUUAAGCUGGACGACGUCUGCUUCAAACCAACAGGCUCUGCUUGUGUGGUACAGUCUGUUAGUGGGUGGUUCGGCGCUGGCCUGAUGGAUGACUGGAAAGCACAAAUUGAAUAUUGUGCAGCCCAUCCUGGCGACCAGAUAUGCCUACCAGAGUUUAUGGAUCCUCUUCAACCGGGACGGGUUCUCGGUGGCUACGCGAGCAUUGAUGAUGUCGCCAACGCCAAAGCACUGAUCACGACAUGGGUGGUCAAUAACGAUCAGCCUGGCACUGAGGGAGAGGCCAGAGCCGAAGAGUGGGAGCGCGCUCUCAAGCAUGAGCUGCUCAUCUAUCAAGAGUCUGCCAAAGCACGCGGCCUGCGACUCUCCUUCAACACCGAGAUCAGUCUCGAGGAGGAGCUCAACAAGUCGACCAAUACGGACGCCAAAAUCGUGGCCAUCAGCUACGUUGUCAUGUUCAUUUACGCCUCCCUCUCCCUAGGCUCCACGACACUAUCAUUGAGAUCGCUUCUCAGUAAUCCGGCAAAUGCUUUCGUCCAAUCCAAAUUCACUCUGGGUGUCGCGGGCAUUCUGAUCGUGCUGAUGUCGGUCUCUGGCUCGGUCGGCCUCUUUUCUGCGGCCGAGGUGAAGGUCACGCUGAUCAUCGCCGAAGUCAUUCCGUUCUUGGUGCUUGCUGUCGGUGUCGACAACAUCUUUCUGAUCGUGCACGAGUUUGAACGUGUCAAUGUCAGCCACCCGGACGAAGAAAUCGACGUGCGAGUCGCAAAGGCUCUCGGAAGAAUGGGACCCAGCAUUCUCCUUUCCGCGUCGACCGAGACGAUUGCCUUCGCCAUGGGCGCAUUUGUGGGCAUGCCUGCAGUCAAGAACUUCGCCGCGUAUGCCGCGGGUGCUGUAUUCAUCAAUGCGCUGUUGCAGAUCACCAUGUUUGUGUCUGUCUUAGCGCUCAAUCAGAGACGAGUCGAAAGUCUCCGGGCAGACUGUUUCCCAUGUGUGACGGUCAGGGGAGCGAAUUCCACGGGUAUGCCUGGCGGCCAUUUCUUUGGCAGUGAGGAGGAAGGCUGGCUGCAGCGGUUCAUUCGCAAAGUCUAUGCACCAAGCUUGUUGGACAAGAAGGUCAAAACCUUCGUCGUUGCCUUCUUUGCAACCCUGUUCGCCGCCGGAGUUGCGCUCAUUCCCAGGGUGCAACUUGGGCUUGAUCAGCGCAUCGCGCUUCCUGCGGAUUCCUACAUGAUCCAGUAUUUCAACGAUUUGUACGACUAUUUUGGAUCUGGACCACCCGUAUAUUUCGUCACCCGAGGUCUCAACGUGACGGUGAGGGAGCACCAACAAGAACUAUGUGGCAGGUUCACCACCUGUGACGAGUAUUCGCUCGCGUACAUUCUUGAGCAGGAGUCGAAACGUCCGAAUGUCAGUUAUAUCAACUCUGCCACUGCCAGCUGGAUCGAUGACUUUUUCUACUGGCUCAAUCCCAUCUCGGACUGCUGCAAGAACGAAGACGGCGAGACCUGCUUCGGUGAAGAUGAUUGGAACAUCACCCUCUCCGGCAUGCCUGAAGGGGAUGAGUUUGUUUAUUAUGCUAAGAAGUGGAUUCACGCCCCUACAGAUGAGGAAUGUCCCAAUGGGGGCCAGGCCGCCUACUCGAACGCCGUGGUCAUCGACAAGAACCACACGGAUAUUCCGGCCAGCCAUUUCCGAACGUUCCACACCCCGCUCCAAGGUCAAGACGACUUUAUCAACUCCUACGCCGCAGCCAGGCGCAUAUCCGAUGAUAUAUCUGCACGUCACAAUAUCGACGUGUUCCCUUACAGCAAACAUUAUAUUUUCUUCGAUCAGUAUAGCAGCAUCAUUCGCCUGACUACAACGCUUCUCUGUGUGGCUGUUGCGAUUAUCUUUGUCAUUUCUUCGUUGUUGUUGGGCUCCUUACUGACAGGAAUUGUUGUGGCGGGGACCGUCGUCAUGAUCCUGGUGGACAUUAUCGGAGUCAUGGCCGUUGCUGGCGUGUCCCUCAAUGCGGUUUCGCUGGUGAACUUGGUCAUCUGCGUGGGCAUUGGGGUGGAGUUUUGUGCACACAUUGCCCGGGCGUUCAUGUUCCCUAGCAAGUCGAUCAUGGAGCGGGCAAGGCACAAGUUCCGAGCCAGGGACAUCCGGGCUUGGGCAGCAUUGGUCAACGUGGGCGGGAGCGUCUUCAGCGGCAUCACAAUCACCAAAUUCGUCGGCGUGGUCGUGUUGGCAUUCACCAGGAGCAAAAUCUUUGAGGUCUAUUACUUCCGCAUUUGGCUGGCGCUCGUGAUUCUCGCGAGCAGCCACGCGUUGGUGUUUUUGCCGGUGGCAUUGAGUUUCUUGGGUGGUGAUGGAUACAUUGACCCUGAGAGUGAGGGAGGGCUGGAAGAGGACCUUGCCAGCCGACGAUACCGGAGUCUGCUCCCAGACGACGAUUACUAUGAUUCCGAGGACGAAUAA